AUGGAAGACCAAAUCGAACAGGCGGUAGAUAUCGCGAUCCAAGGCGUCGGCGACCCGGCCGUGCGACAGCAGGCCCUGGAUUUCUGCAACCAGGUCAAGGCGUCUGACGAAGGUUGGCAGAUGUGCUUGGCGAUGUUUGCUGGAGACCGGAAGCGAAGUGAUGCUGCGCGAUACUUUAGUCUUCAGGUGAUUGAUGAGGCUCUGGGUCGGCUCAACCGUGAGCAGCUUGUCUAUGUGCGUGAUCACCUUUUUGCAUACGUGAGAAUGGGCAGUGGACUCAGCCAGGGACAGGCCAACGUCAAUGUCGGCCAGGCCGUCAGCUUUGCUGAUGAUCCAGUCCACAUGAAGAACAAGCUGGGUGAAACCCUGGCCUAUCUGUUCAUUAUGACCUACACGGAAAUUUGGGACACCUUCUUUUACGACUUUGAGCGGCUACUGGAGAGCCCCGAGAACCAGUUUGGCAACCCGCGUGCGGCGGAUCUGUACCUACGCGUACUGAACGAUAUCCACCGAGAGAUUGGAGACACGCUGAUUAUUCGAGAUCCUGCGGUUCAGUCGCGCAACAACGACCUCAAGGAUCUGAUCCGGAACCGAGAUAUGGCCCGUCUGGCAGACUCCUGGAAAAAGAUUCUCAUGUACUACAAGGACCAGCAACUGGAGCCCCUGGCCACUGAGAUUGUCAACAACGCUCUUCGCGUAAUCGGAGGAUGGGUUUCUUGGGCCGAGCUGACCCUCAUUGCAGAGCCCGAGGCGCUGGAGGCUAUUUUCAACCUGCUGAGCUCUCCAAAGUCCCGAAUUCACGCCUGCGACUGUCUCAGUGAGAUUGUCGCCAAGAAAAUGUACCCUAACGCGAAGUUUCAGCUCAUCCAGUCGCUCAACCUCACCAGCAUCAUUCACACUCUAUCGCAGUCUGCAGACAUUGAGUUCGACGAGCGGGUUGCCAAGCUGGCCAACUCCAUCGGCUCCGAACUCAUUCACAUUGUCGAAACAGAAAGCCAAGAGUUCAGCGCAAACUGUGAGGCUCUGCUUCUGGACAUGUUCCCUCUGUUGCUGCGUUACCUCGGCAACGAGUACGACGACACCUCGUCCCAGGUUCUACCCUCUGUGGGCUCCUACUUGCAGCUGGUUAGACGAGACUCCAAGCGAGAAAAGGCCAAAAUCAACCCCAACAGACUCACAAAAAACACCGCCGACCAGUAUGAAAACUUCCCUGCUGACAGAACCUUCAUUUCCGACCAACGCCAUGCCGUGGUCCGGUCUAUUCUUGAGGCUGUCAUGAAGAAGUGCAGAUACCUUGACGACCAAGAGUGGGAGGAGGAUGAGGAUGGCGAGUUCUGCGAACUGCGACAACGGCUCAAAAACCUGCAGGAUAUGUGCGCAUCUAUCGACAACCAGCUGUUCCUUGAUGACGUCUGUCCUGUCAUCUCCCAGGCUCUCUCUCUGCCUCCUACUGCUGAUUGGAGAGACAUCGAACUGGGUAUGUUUGAGCUUCAGACCCUGUCCGAGGCCAUGCGAUCGGGCGCUCUAUCCACUGUCAAGACUGGGCAGAACGAGUCACCCGCUACCCAGGCCUUCAACAACCUGUUCUUCCAGAUGGUUGCCUCUGACGCCGUGGCUCAAUGCCCCCAGCCCGCCGUGCAUCUGCUGUUCAUGGAAAUUGUCGUCAAACAUUCUUCGCUCUUUUCGCAACACAACACCAACCUUCUAAACCGCGUGCUGGAGUUCUUCGUCUCACCUUUGGGCAUCCAGAACUCCGAGUCCACAAAGGUUCAAAUGCGGUCCUGGAUCUUGUUCCACAAGUUCUGCAAGUCUGUCAAGCCUCAGAUUGGCCAGGUCGCUCAGCUGCUGGUGGACUCCAUCCGGCCCCUGCUAGUCAUCCAGACUGAGGACGACACUGACUCCGAUGAUGAGAGCGCUGGCUCGGCCUUCAACGCCCAGCUCAACCUCUUCGAACUGUCUGGUAUCCUUGUUUCCAUUCUUGACGAGGCAUCUGCCACCAACGGAGUCGAACAGACUCUCCAACCUAUCUUUACUGCUGUGGAGAAGGCCAUUGGAGUGUCUCCUCCCAACGCCGAGUCCAUCACUCUGGUCCACCAUAAUCUGGUUGCGAUUGGCACUUUCGCCCACGGCUUGGAUGGAUCUUCUAACAAGCUGCCGGACGGCAUUCUCCAGCUCUUCAAAAACUCUGCCGAGGUGGUCAAUGUAGCCCUCGACCGAAUCCCUGAUACCAAGGUCCGGGAGGCUGCGCGAACGGUCUUCACCCGUCUGGUGCCCAUUCUGGGCUCCUCCAUUCUCUCCGAGAUAUCCACUCUCAUCCAAAUCUUGCUUCAGAGAUGCUCUCAUGCCGAGCUUGCCGACUUCCUGGGCUUCCUUGGCCAUCUGCUGCAUUCCUUCCGAAACGACGAGGGUGUCUACAACAUGCUUAAAUCUCUGCUGUCUCCACUCUGCCAGCGUGUGUUUGCCUCUCUUGAGGAGCUGUCUGCGUCCGCAGACGCCGGAAACACUGACGACAAGGUGCUCAAGGUGGAGAUCCAGCGUGCAUACCUCAUGUUCAUCAUGCAGAUUCUACGAGAUCGAAUGGGAGGAGCCAUUGUCGAGGACAAGCAACUGGCCGACUCCAUCAUCAAGUCAGUCAUCCACUAUGCUUCCGACCCCACCGACAUUUAUACCUGUCGAUCCGCUGCCUCUUGUCUCACCAAGAUGAUUCAGCUGUGGGGCAACGGUGAGCUUGAAGCUGCUUCUGCCGAGGAGAGCGUGUUUGACCAAGGCCAGAAGAUUGACGGCUUCGAGCAGAUUGUGCUGGAGUUCUCUGGACUGUGCUGGCAGGUGCCUGCCUCGUCGGGUUUCAAUCUGCAGGACGCCCAGAGUAAGAUUUUGGUGACGGAGCUUGGAAACAUUCAGAAGCACAUCUAUCUGAAGAAGGGAGACCAGUUCCUUAGCUAUUUAGUCGAGCAGUACUUCCCUCAGAUUGGAGUGCCCGACAACGCCGCCAAGGACUACGUCGAGAAACUCAAGACCUUGGAGAACAAGGACUUCAAAAAGUACUUUUCCGCUUUUGUUAACGAGCUGGUCAAGUAG